GCUUUACAUACACCAGCAACAUAUGAAGGAACAAGAGGGACUUUAAGAUGGGGAAAAGGAAGUUCAGUGGGUUGGAAAUCACCCUAAUAGCCCUCUUCUGCCUGGUGGUGGCUGUAGCCUGUGUCCUCAUUGGGCUUUUAGCAUCAGGAGAACCUGGAGUCAAAGAGAAGGAAUAUCCAGCAGCAAACUGCCCGAACAUAUUAAUAGCUGAGAGAAUCGACUGCAUCCCAGAUCAAGUAGCAACAAAGAGCACCUGCAAGGAGCGUGGCUGCUGCUGGAGUCCCCAGAGUGAUAUCAGUGUGCCCUGGUGCUUUUUCUCUACAAACCAUGGGUACAGAGUGGAGGGCUCACAAAGACCAACUGCAGCAGGAUUCGAGAAUACUUUGACAAGGAUGCCAUCCCCUUCCCUCUUUGGAGGUGACAUCAACACUGUCCUCCUCACAGCAGAGUACCAGACAUCCAAUCGUUUCCACUUCAAGCUCACUGACCCUAACACCCAGAGGUUUGAAGUCCCUCAUGAGCAUGUGAAACCUUUCACUGGGUCUGCAGCCUCCAAUUUGAACUAUAAGGUGGAGGUGAAGUCAAACCCUUUUGGCAUCGUGGUGAGCAGAGCAAGCAAUGGCAAAGUGCUGUUUGAUACCACCAUUGGACCUCUGGUGUAUGCUGACCAGUUUUUGCAGCUCUCCAUCAAACUGCCCAGCACAAACAUUUAUGGGGUGGGAGAGCACGUGCACAAGCAGUACCGGCACGAUGUCAACUGGAAAACCUGGCCCAUGUUCAGCAGGGAUGUUGGACCCUCUGCAGCAAUGGAUAACUUAUAUGGAGUUCAAACUUUCUUCCUGUGUUUGGAAGACAACACUGGAGCCUCCUUUGGUGUUUUCCUGAUGAACAGCAAUGCCAUGGAGUUUGUGGUGCAGCCUGCUCCAGCAGUGACCUACAGAACCAUUGGUGGCAUCCUUGAUUUCUAUGUCUUCUUGGGCAACACUCCAGAGCAAGUAGUCCAGGAAUACCUGAAGCUGGUGGACCCCCCAAUAUUGCCCUCUUACUGGAACCUGGGCUUCCAGAUCAGCCGCUGGAAUUACCUCUCCCUGGAUGAGGUGAAGAAAGUUGUGGAGAGGAACAGAGCCAUUGAACUCCCUUAUGAUGCUCAGGUCACUGAUAUUGACUACAUGGAGGCAAGGAAAGAUUUUACUUAUGACAAAGAGAACUUCCGAGAUCUCCCUAACUUUGCAAAAUACAUGCAUGACUAUGGGCAAAAAUAUAUCAUCAUCCUGGAUCCUGCCAUUAGCAACCAGAAGCUAGUUGAUGGUAGCUCCUAUGGAAGCUAUGACAGGGGAGAGAGCAAAAAAAUCUGGGUUACUGAAUCAGAUGGAGUAACACCCAUAGUUGGAGAGGUGUGGCCAGGGGAUACUGUGUUCCCAGACUUCACCAACCCAGACUGCAGGAGCUGGUGGGAGGAUGAAUGCAAAAGGUUUUAUGACAUAGUGCCCUAUGAUGGGCUCUGGAUUGAUAUGAAUGAAGUAGCCAGCUUUGUUCAAGGCUCAAAAAAAGGUUGUCCACAGAAUGAAUGGAACUUUCCUCCUUACACUCCCAAUAUUGUUGACAAGGCCCUGUUUGCCAAGACAAUGUGUAUGGAUGCAGUGCAGAAGUGGGGGAAACAGUACAAUGUCCACAGUCUUUAUGGAUAUUCCAUGGCCAUAGCAACAAGACAAGCCAUUGAAAAAGUGUUCCCUGGAAAAAGAAGCUACCUCAUUUCAAGGUCUACUUUUGCUGGCUCUGGAAAAUACACAGGACACUGGCUGGGAGAUAAUGCAGCAACAUGGGAUCACAUAAAAUGGGCAAUACCUGGAAUGCUGGAGUUCAACCUCUUUGGAAUUCCUUAUAUUGGAGCAGAUAUUUGUGGUUUCUUUGAUGACACCACUGAAGAACUUUGCAGACGCUGGAUGCAAGUAGGAGCAUUCUACCCCUUUUCCAGGAAUCACAAUUCUGAAGGAUUCAAACCUCAGGAUCCAGCUGCCUUUGGAGCUGAUUCAGUCUUGGUGAGAACCUCCAAGCACUACCUGAACAUUCGCUACACUUUGCUGCCCUACCUGUACACCCUCUUCUACAAAGCUCACACUCAAGGAGAGACAGUUGUACGGCCACUUUUGCAUGAGUUCUACUCUGAUGACCAGACAUGGGGUAUUGAUAGACAAUUCCUGUGGGGUCCUGGGCUGCUCAUUUCCCCUGUCCUUGAACCGGGUGUGAAUAUGAUUCAAGCAUACAUCCCUGAUGCAGCCUGGUAUGAGUAUGAAACGGGGGCAAAAAUCACACAGAGAAAAGAGUGGGCCAAGUUGAGCCUGCCAGCAGACAAAUUGGGACUGCAUUUGAGAGGAGGCUACAUUUACCCUAUUCAAAAACCAGCUACCACAACAGUUGCAAGCCGCAAGAAUCCCAUGGGACUUAUAAUUGCCCUGGAUGACAACAGUGCUGCUUCUGGGAACUUGUUUUGGGAUGAUGGAGAAUCCACAGAUACUGUUCAGAAUAAAAACUACAUCUACUAUGAGUUUACUGUUUCCAAUAAUGUUCUACAAAUGAAUGCUGUAAACAGCAAUUAUGCUGAUCCAAACCAACUGAAAUUUGAAGAAAUCAAGAUUUUGGGAGCACUCCAGGAAAUACAGAGAGUCACUGUGUCUCAGAACAAUGUUGAGGAAAACCAUCCAGUCACUAUCAGCUAUGAUGCUGUCCGAAAGGUUGCCCACAUAAAAGGACUUGCACUUGAACUGGGAAAAUCCUACACAAUAAGAUGGACACAACAAGCAAGUGUCAAUGGAAGGUUUGAUUGUUACCCCAGUCUCAAUGCAACAAGAGAAAAAUGUGAACAACUUGGCUGUGUCUGGGAACCUGUCACAUCAGACUUGGAAAUUCCACCCUGCUACUACAGCUCUGUCAAUCCUUACUCAGUGGAGAGUGUAGAAUACACUUCCUCAGGUUUGGCAGCCAACCUCAUCUUAGAUAGAAGCAAGGUCAGAGCUACUGACAAUUACACCACACCCAUUGGCACACUGCGCCUGGAGGUGAUUUAUCAUCUCAACAACAUGCUGCAAUUUAAGAUUUAUGAUUACCAAAAUGCACGAUAUGAGGUUCCUGUACCACUAGAUCUCCCCAGCUCCCCAUCCAGCACAGACAAGGACCGGCUCUAUGAUGUGUCUGUACAGCAAAAACCCUUUGGCAUUCAGAUUCGGCGCAGAAGCACAGGAACAAUCAUCUGGGAUUCAGCACUGCCCACCUUCACAUUCAGUGACAUGUUCAUCCAGAUUUCUACCCUCUUGGCAUCCCAGUAUAUUUAUGGGUUUGGAGAGACUGAGCACACCAUGUUCCGACGUAACAUGAGCUGGCACACCUGGGGAAUGUUCACAAGGGAUGACUUCCCUGGUUACAAAAAGAAUAUCUAUGGUCACCAGCCAUUCUACAUGGCUCUUGAAGAAGAUGGCAAUGCCCAUGGAGUUCUCCUGCUUAACAGCAAUGCAAUGGAUGUGACCUUCCAGCCAACCCCUGCCCUGACGUACCGCACCAUCGGUGGCAUUCUUGACUUCUACAUGGUUUUGGGCCCAACACCAGAACUUGUUGUCCAGGAGUACACUGCACUGAUUGGACGACCAGUCAUGCAGCCCUACUGGGCUCUGGGAUUCCAUUUGUGUCGCUUUGGAUACGAAAAUGACUCGGACGUUCGCCAGAUUGUGGAGGAGAUGAGAAAAGCCAAGAUUCCCCAUGAUGUCCAGUAUGUAGAUAUUGACUAUAUGAACAGGCAAAUGGACUUCACCCUCAGCGACAAGUUUGCUGGACUUCCAGCUCUGGUGGAUGAUAUAAAAAAAGAAGGAAUGAGAUUCGUCAUUAUCCUGGAUCCAGGCAUCUCUGGGAAUGAAAGUGUAUACGCCUCCUUCGACAGAGGUGUGCAAGAUGAUGUCUUCAUCAAAAGGCCCAAUUCAAAUGAGAUCAUUUAUACCAAGGUCUGGCCCUUCCUACCCAACGUAGAAAUCAACGAGUCCCUGCCUCUGCAUACCCAAAUAAAGCUCUACGGGGCACACACAGCUUUCCCAGACUUCUUGCGCAAUUCCACGAUUAACUGGUGGAAGAGAGAAAUCCUGGACUACUACAAAAUCCUCAAGUUUGAUGGCCUGUGGAUUGACAUGAAUGAACCGGCAGCUCUUGUGAAUGGUGCCCUUGAUGGCUGUAGAAAUGAUAUCCUAAAUUCACCACCAUAUAUGCCUGCUUUGGGAUACAGGUCAGAAGGAUUAAGUUUUAAAACUCCAUGCAUGGAAGGUCAGCAGUAUCUUUCAGAUGGUACUCCAGUCAGACACUUUGAUGUCCACAGCCUUUAUGGAUGGUCCCAAACAAAACCUACCUUGGAUGGUUUGCAGAGUGCCACCAAGGAGCGUGGGUUCGUUCUCACCCGUUCCACCUAUCCCUCUAGUGGGAGGUGGGCAGGACACUGGCUUGGGGAUAACUCAGCAGCUUGGGAUCAGAUAUGGAAGUCUGUCAUUGGUAUAAUGGAGUUCAGCCUCUUUGGAAUAUCCUAUACAGGAGCUGACAUCUGUGGCUUUGCCAAAGACACAGAGUAUGAGCUGUGUGUCCGCUGGAUGGAGCUGGGGGCAUUUUACACAUAUUCAAGGAACCACAAUGACUAUGACACAAGGAGGCAAGAUCCUGUUUCAUGGAACUCAACAUUUGAGGAGAUCUCCAGGCAUGUGCUGAAUAUAAGAUACAAACUCUUACCCUACCUGUACACCCUGAUGUAUGAAGCCCAUGCCCAUGGCAGCACUGUCACCCGUCCCCUGCUCAAUGAGUUUGUGCAAGAGAGAGAUACCUGGGAUGUCUAUCAGCAGUUCCUCUGGGGGCCUGCACUGCUCAUCACCCCUGUGCUGUACAAGGGUGAUGUAACAGUGAGAGCUUACAUUCCCAAUACCCGCUGGUAUGAUUACCACACAGAACAAGACAUUGGCUUCAGGGGACAAUACAGAGUUUUAGAUGCUCCUUUGGACCACAUCAACCUGCAUAUCCGAGGAGGAUACAUCCUUCCCUGGCAAACACCUAGCACUACAACUUUCCACAGUCGGAAAAACCCAAUGGGACUCACUGUUGCUUUGGGGGACAAUUCUAUGGCAGAAGGAAAGCUGUACUGGGAUGAUGGGGUUCGGAUUGAUGCAUAUGAAGAUGGUGUGUAUCUGCUAACUUCAUUUACUGUUAAUAAGAAUGUUUUAGAGAUCAAGGUUUUGCACCAUGGCUACGUUGAUCCAAACAACUUGAAGUUUACUGAGAUUAGAGUCCUGGGGCAGCCCAACCCCGUUUCAAAUGUGAUAGUGUCACAGAAAGGGGAGAUUACUGCAAGAAUUGACACCUUCAUCUAUGACGGUGGCAAGAAGCUCUUGACAAUCAACAACCUCCAACUGGAAUUAGGCCAAGAAUACACCGUGGCAUGGAGCUAAAAAUGACUGCAAAGGAACAUGGGCUGUCCUACUGAAUUUCCUCAUUGUUCCACAACUAUCUUUCUAUUUUUCAAUUUUCUAACUGCCUCUUUGUUAUCUUUUAGAAUAUUUU